AUGCUGAGGCUUCGCCUUUCCAGUGCCACAACUGCAAUUAUCUUGGCAAUCCAGACAGGAUUUCUAUUCUUUCUAUAUAUUCAACAAAGUGGCUUCAUUCCACCGUCUAUGGAAAAACCUGCCCAGGUGCACAUCCUCAUCCUUUCCUCUUGGAGGUCAGGCUCUUCCUUUGUGGGGCAACUCUUCAGUCAGCACCCCAAUGUCUUCUAUCUGAUGGAGCCAGCCUGGCAUGUGUGGGCAACCAUGUACCAAAACAGCGCCAAGGUCUUGCACAUGGCUGUGCGGGAUCUCAUCCGGUCUGUCUUCAAGUGUGACAUGUCGGUGUUCGAUGCCUAUAUGCCCUGGAAGAGAAACAGAAACUUGUCUGAUCUGUUCCAGUGGGCUGUGAGCCGGGCAUUAUGCACAAUACCUGCUUGUGAAUUCUUCCAACGGUCUGAUAUUACUGGUGAAAGUGCUUGCAAAACUCUCUGUGGCAAGUAUCCUUUUAGUAAAGUGGAAGAGGCCUGCAAGACCUACAGCCAUGUUGUCCUAAAGGAAGUCCGUUUCUUUGACCUCAAAGUGCUCUACCCACUCCUUGCUGACCCCUCCCUGAAUCUCAAAAUCAUUCACCUGGUCCGUGACCCCAGGGCUGUCCUGAAAUCUCGGGAACAAUCUGUCAAAGCCCUUGCCCGUGACAAUGGAAUAAUUCUGGGUAUAAAUAGCAGCAGAGUGGAUGACACUGGCUUUAAAGUCCUGCAGGAGAUUUGUAGAAGCCACAUUCAGAUCUAUGAAACAGCUAGUCAGAAGCCUCCAUUAUUUUUAAAAGAUCGUUACUUAUUGAUCCGAUUUGAAGACAUUGUGCGGGAUCCUUUAAUGGAAAUUACUGCAAUGUAUACAUUUACAGAUCUUCUUUUGACCCAGAAACUUGAAAAUUGGAUCUAUAAUAUUACACAUGGACAAGGACCGAGUAAAAAGAGAGAAGCUUUCCAAAUCACUUCUCGAGAUGCGCUCAAUGUUUCCCAGGCGUGGAGAAAUGUUCUUUCAUUUCAGAAAGUCCAAAAAGUGCAAGAAGUUUGUCGAGGUGCUUUAAAUAUACUUGGUUAUCAAUUUGUAAAUUCUGAGAAAGAGCAGAAAGAUUUGUCUUUAGAUCUAAUAUUGCCAUAUCGGAGAACCCAAUUUCGCUGGGCAUUGUUUCAUGAAAACUAG